GUAGGAUAAGUCCCACGUCCCACUGGUUUGGAUGGGCUCAUAACGCACCAUUAACCUUGGACUUCAACGAACCCGAGUCCGUUGCCUGGUAACCAGGAUCCCACACACGGGAUGAGAGUAAGAUAAACACCGCUUCAGAAAGACUAUAGCUCAGCGGAGCAGACCGGUCAAUUGACCGGACUCGACCCGGGAGGGGUUUACCGGACCGGACCGUAACCGUGGUUCACCCGACCGAAGAAUCCGGACGGUGUAUUUUUUUUACCGAAUUGAAAGUAAAUCAAUCGCAAAAAUUAGUUUGUUCAAUAGGAUUCGUUUAAUCAUCAUACCAAAAGUUUCAGUGUACAGUAACGUGACCCGAAAACAGGUUUAUUUUGGAGUUAAUAUUUUCGCGUGUUUCGAGUGUUGCGUGAUUUCCGCUGAUUGUUUGAGCCGAGGUCGUUAAUUAAAAGCCCACCCCCGCCAAAUGAAGGAAUGUACGCCCCCUCCAUAACCACCAAAGACCAGGAGGUAGAGGGAAUGGGUUUGGAGGAGGUGGAGAGGGAGAGGGGGGUCCGGUGGAGACACCAGGAGGUGGAGAGGGGUAGAGACCAGGAGGUGGAGAGGAGGAGAGACCAGCAGGUGGAGAGGAGGAGAGACCAGGAGGUGGAGAGGGGGGUCCGGUGGAGACACCAGGAGGUGCGGGGGAGAGACCAGGAGGUGGAGAGGAGGAGAGACCAGGAGGUGGAGAGGGGGAGAGACCAGGAGGUGGAGAGGAGGAGAGACCAGGAGGUGGAGCGGGUGGACCGGAGGAACAGAGACCUGGUCCUGCUGACCCUGGGGGCGCUGAGGAGCCGUAGAAGACCCCCGGCCACCCAGGAGACCCGGAGAGAGGCCUGGCAGUCGUACCUGGACAUCAUCUACCACAUGGACCAGGGGGCGGACAUGUUGGACCUGAGGGAUCUUCUCUGUUCUCCAGGACCUCCUCACGACCCCCCUCCCCCCCUCCCUCUGCCGCUCCCUCCCCCCCUCCCUCUGCCGAUCCCUCACCCCCUCGCAGCCCUACCUCCCCCCCUCCCUCUGCCUAUCCCUCACCCCCUCUCAGCCCUACCUCCCCCCCUCCCUCUGCCGCUCCCUCCCCCCCUCCCUCCCCUGAGAGCCAAACCUACAGCCCAGGUGAGAGAUACAUUGGUCGAUGUGUGGAGUCACCACUUCCUGCCUGAACUGCGCACUUCCUGUCCGCAGGCGUUGGCACCGCGCCCUGUGUUGGGAUGGCAACCGAAGCCGGGGCCGGCGGAGAGGCCUGACGUGGUUGCCCCCGGUAACCCUGUCGCUAGGCAACCCUCAUUCCUCACUGAGGAUCCGGGCGCGCAGGAGGGACAGAGAGUUCAACGUGAUGUCACACAUCAUCAUCAUCAUCAUGAUGAUGACGUCAUCAGCCAUACUGAGGAAGAGGAGCUCCCUCUUCGGGAUAAUGAAGAUGAGGAAGAGAGAAUCAGGGAGGAGGCUCCCUGCCCAUCACCUCCUCCUUCUCCUCCUCCACCUCCUCCACCUCCUCCCAUCAUGAGGAGAACCGACCCCCACCAGUCUGAAAGAAGACCUGACCCCGUCCCAACCCGCCCCCCCUCCCCACGGGUCCCGGACUUCCUGCUCCAGUUUGCAGAAGAGAGCUGGUUUAAACACCUGUACCCCCACCCCCAGUGCGUCCCCACCUCCCUCUCUCCAGACGGGUUCUGCUGGGUCCUCUUGGACCAGCUGGACUCCCCUGGCUCCCGGUCCAAGAGGGAGGUCCUGGUCGCUCUGAAGACCCUCCUCCUCCAGCACCUCCUGCAGGAGCAGCACGCCCUCGCCCAGCACCUCCUCCUGUCCCUACCCCGACACACGGGGCAGGCUCUCGUGGGUGAGAUGCUAACCAUAGCUCUACAACUGGGAGGUGGCGGCUACAGCGAGGUCGUCAACCUCUUGGUGCUGCUGGCCAAUCAGACGCCGUCCCUCUGCCAGGCGGCCGGGGCCCGGCUGGAGGUGCUGGGGGUGCAGGGGGCCGAGACGUGGCUGAGGCCGGAGCUCCAGUCCUGGGGUAGAGCGCUCCGGGGCCGGGCCCCCGCCUGGAGGGUCCAGCAGGACCGCGCCGCUCGCUGGCUGUCCCUCUGGACGACCAAAUACAAGGACUACGUGAGAGCGGACCAGCGAGGCCACGCCUCCUCCGUGGACGUCCUCAACUUCUUCUGCUCCUCCAGGAGGGCCCGGCAGGGGGCCCCAGGGGCCCGACACGACACCGUGAGGCUGUCCCCCCCGCCCUGCGGUCCUCAGCCUAUCCAUCGUCUUGGAGAGACUCACAGCAUGCUGAGAACACGCAAAGCAGCUGGACUAGCCCUGCCCCCCCUCCGCAACCGUCCCUCCCUCACUGGCUUCCCCCGGGUCCUCAGUGUCCCUCUGCCGCGCCUCAACCUCCUCCCCCUCUCCUGCCCCAUUGGUCAGCUGGACGCCACGCCCCCCUCCAGGCGCUACUUCCUGCUGGACCAAUCACAGCCGGAGUACUACAGAUGACCCAACCGGGACUCUUAGGUCGUGGUGGUAGUUAGGUCUAGUCCAGGAGGUCGUGGUGGUGGUUAGGUCUAGUCCAGGAGGUCGUGGUGGUAGUUAGGUCUAGUCCAGGAGGUCGUGGUGGUAGUUAGGUCUAGUCCAGGAGGUUGUGGUGGUAGUUAGGUCUAGUCCAGGAGGUUGUGGUGGUAGUUAGGUCUAGUCCAGGAGGUGGUGGUGGUAGUUAGGUCUAGUCCAGGAGGUGGUGGUGGUAGUUAGGUCUAGUCCAGGAGGUCGUGGUGGUAGUUAGGUCUAGUCCAGGAGGUCGUGGUGGUAGUUAGGUCUAGUCCAGGAGGUUGUGGUGGUAGUUAGGUCUAGUCCAGGAGGUGGUGGUGGUAGUUAGGUCUAGUCCAGGAGGUCGUGGUGGUAGUUAGGUCUAGUCCAGGAGGUCGUGGUGGUAGUUAGGUCUAGUCCAGGAGGUCGUGGUGGUAGUUAGGUCUAGUCCAGGAGGUCGUGGUGGUAGUUAGGUCUAGUCCAGGAGGUCGUGGUGGUAGUUGAGCAGGUCACAGGUCAGCACCAGGCCCGCCUCCCUCACCAGGCGGUGCAGCUGGCUGGAGGUGGCGCUGGCGUCCUGCAGCUCGUCCAGGGGCCAGUCCAGCCGCUGGGCGCUGGAGGGCCGGGCCCAGGCUCGGCAGGGCCCGGCAGCCGCUGAGAGACCGGGCCAAGGAGCAGGGCAGGGGGGGGGGGGACAGCACACGUUCAGAGACACCUCACAUCCCCUCGGGGAGACCUUUCAUAAUGCUGCCAACCAGCUGGGCCCCGGCGAGCCUCACUGGCUAGCUCACAGCUCCUGACUUUGGCCAUGCAGAGGACUUCUCCUUGUGAACCUUUAGAGAGACGCAGGGCGAGCUCCCAUCUUAGGCCUCAGAUAAUUGUGUUGUAUGCCUUUUCUAUUGUUUGUUGAUGCAUGUUGUGAUGUAUCGUUGUUUGUACUAUUAUUAUAAAUACAUAUCAUCAUAAUU